CAUAUGGGAACAGUGAAAUGUAUUUGGACAUGUCUCCACAUAAACCUCAUAAGAAAGCGAGGUUUCCUUCAUUCUCAAACAACAUCAUGCAUGUUAGCAAUCUCUCAAAAGGGAUAUUCCCAACAUUCCUAUCUAGGCCACUAUAAAUAUACCUGGCCGCCCUGCUGUAGAUGUAGAUGUGUAGCUUGCCAACUUGAGAAGAGCAGACAGCACACCUGAUUAGACUGCAACAACACACCACCGUGCUUCGGGGAAUGGAGAUUCCAAUGAUAAAGAUGGAUCAGCUUCAUGGCGAGAAGAGGUCAGAGACGCUUUCACUCCUCCACAAUGCCUGUGCGCAAUGGGGUUUCUUUUGGCUUGAGAAUCAUGGCGUCGAUGAGGACCUCAUGAGUAAAAUGAAGGGCUUGGUGAAUAAACACUACGAACAAGAUUUGGAGAAGAACUUCUAUAGCUCGGAGAAUGCAAAGAUCCUAGGUUGUGAGAAAGUUCCAUCAAAUGUUGACUGGGAGUGCAGUUUCAUGUACCGUCAUCAGCCAGAAUCAAACAGCCAUGAUAUUCCUGAGCUGCUUCGUGCAAUGGUAUCUGAAUAUGCAGAAGAGGUUAUCAAACUGGCUGAACAGCUCGCAGCAGCCAUGAGUGAAAACCUUGGGCUGGACAAGGGCUACAUCGAGAAGGCGUUUUCUAAACCUUCCGUAGGCGUCAAGGUGGCGAAGUAUCCCAGGUGCAGCCAUCCAGAGCUUGUGAUGGGUCUCAGGGAGCACACUGACGCUGGGGGGAUCAUACUUCUAUUUCAGGAUGAACUAAUCCCAGGUCUGGAGUUUCUGAAAGACGGUAGGUGGAUGGCAGUACCUCCAACACAAGGCAACAGGAUCCUUGUAAACCUUGGAGAUCAGAUUGAAGUGAUAACCAAUGGGACCUACAAGAGCAUAUGCCACCGGGUCCUUCCCAACAAGAACGGGAGCCGCCUAUCCAUCGCAACAUUCUAUAACCCUGGUGCCGACGCCAUAAUCUGCCCAGCUUCAAAGCUCACAUAUCCUAGCCAAUAUCGUUUCCAAGACUACCUUGAUUUCUAUUCUACUGCCAAGUUUACCGAUAAGGUAUUUAGGUUCCAGACUACAAAGGCAAUAUUGAAGUGAAUCACAGCACAAGCCUGGAGAAAAGAAGUAUCUGACUUGUUCUGCAAUACUGCAUCAGUGCGUAGAUGCGCUUGUAUUUACUGCUAGCUCCUAAGGAACAGCGAAGUGUUAAAAUAUAUAUUUUUACUUUCAGUGGUUUUCUGUUUGAAGACUAAACAGCCUGCACUACUUGUACUUAAUGUGGGUUCCUUCAGACAGUGAUAUGCCAUGUUAAUUAUGAAGGUGCCAAUGAUACUACUUGUACUUAAUGUAAUAAAUAUAUUGCACGUGCCUUCCUUCA